GUGGACCAAGAGACGCAAAAAUUGAUGGCUGCUUGCUUGUUUGCAUUUGUAUAAAUUGGGAACCAUGACAUUUCGUAUUUUGCCGGCAGAUUACACGAGUUUCUCGUUAAAAAAUCGGAUAUUGUUGAGCCAGUUUGGAAUUUCAGAACUUGCUCCAGCUGGAUAAUACGGAAAGGUGUGAACUUUUUCUACCUCUCUGGUUCGCUGCUGCUGUAAGAAAUAGAAGGAGACGAGCGGCUAGAAAAGCCUUGAUGAAUUCUUCAGAGUUUGCUGCAGCAGCUUCUUUUCCUGCCUCCUUCUAUGGCACCUGCACAUAUGCAGCUGGGAUUGCUGGCAAUGUCUUCGCCUUCGUUUUGUUUGUCUCGCCCAUGCCAACAUUUCGACGAAUUGUGCGGAACAAGUCGACCGAGCAGUUCUCGGGGCUGCCCUACAUAUAUUCCCUCUUGAAUUGCUUGAUCUGUAUGUGGUAUGGCCUUCCUUGUGUAUCAUAUGGUGUGAUUUUAGUGGCUACUGUCAACUCCAUUGGUGCUGUUUUCCAAUUUGUGUAUGUAGUCCUCUUCAUACUCCAUGUAGAUGGCUCAAAAAAGCUGAGGAUGUCCGCACUGCUUUUAGGUGUGUUUGGUGUUUUUGCCCUCAUUGCUUAUGUGAGCCUCGAGCUGCUUGACCACCCGACACGACAAGCAUUUGUUGGAUAUCUAAGUGUUGCUUCACUCAUCUCCAUGUUUGCUUCUCCAUUGCUUAUCAUUAAUUUGGUGAUCAAGACGAAGAGCGUUGAGUUCAUGCCAUUCUAUCUUUCACUCGCAACCUUCUUGAUGAGCAUCUCUUUCUUUGUGUAUGGGAUGCUAUUGCAUGACUUCUUCAUAUAUAUUCCGAACGGGAUUGGCACUGUCCUGGGAAUUGUACAGUUGUCGCUGUAUGCCUACUACAGCAGAAAAUCUGUAGCAGCAUCUGGCUUGCCGUUGCUGGCUUCGUACUAAGGGUUAGGAAUGGUCUCCGUGCUAGUUUAAGUGUCCUUCAAUCAGCCUUGAGCUCAUCAUAUGCAGUGUAAAUGAGCCACGAGAUUGGAUGCUUAGGUUCUGACAAUUUCUUCAAGGUCUUUAUCAAGCAAGUUAGAUGGCAUCUUCUUUCUCAAUAAAGACUAUUCAAGCAAGAUGAGGUUGAUUCCA